AUUUUUUUUUUAAACUGUAAAAAAAAAAAAAAAAAAAAAAAAAAAAAAAUGGAUAUUGCUCAGUUAUUAAAAGACUGGUUUGAAUCAGAGAAAGCUGAAGUGGAUCCUUCACUCUUGGCCUAUGUAUUACUUUAUUCGACAAAGAAUGUGACAGGACUUACGGAAUUGACAAGUCAUCUUGCUUCUUACUGGAAAGAGGGCGACCUGAGUUGUAGAACAAAAUGUAUCGAACUUUUAGCUCAAGUAGUAACACCCAGUCAAUCAUAUCUUGAUUCUCCCACAAACAAUGCUAUUAUUCAAUUUGUUGGAGAACGUCUAAGUGAAUCCGUUCUUGUACCUCGCUGUAUCGACAUUUACUUGGUCUUGAUGAGCACCGACAUAAUUUCUACUACUGAUGUCAUUCAAAUUUGCAAUGCCUUAUUCUCCAAUAUCAAGGUCAAGAAAUUACCACAGCAAAGUCGGUACAAGAUACUUAGCAUACUGGGUAAAGCUUUGGAAAAGUAUUCUUCCGAAAUCCAACGAUCUAAAAUCAAUUUUAUCGGUGGGUUUAUUAACUGUAUGGAUGGAGAGAAGGAUCCUCGUAAUUUGAUGCUUGCCUUUGAAUUAGUAAGAUCUAUUAUUGACCGAUUUGAUAUCUCUCGCCAUAUUGAAGAUCUGUUCGAUGUCGUCUUUUGUUAUUUCCCAAUCAGCUUCGCAGCACCGCCUGCCAAUGAUCCGUUUAGUAUCACCACCGAGGAUUUAAAAGACAGCCUUCGAAGAUGCUUGGCUUCCACACCUUAUUUCGCCUAUUACGCUACACCUCUCUUGAUCGAAAAGUUAAUGACAACCACAGGCAGUGCCAAAAAAGAUGCUAUGGAAACCAUUAGUUUAUGCACACCUGCCUAUGGUGCACAUGCUAUUUUACCUCACGCCCAGGAAUUAUUUGAUGCCCUUGUACGCGAAGUUUAUCAAUGUGCAGAAUCCACCAUGGUCGAUGUGGCUUUAGAGACUAUCCAUAACGUGGUAGCUACAUUAGGUACAGGAAUCAGUAUUGCUAAUAUCCGCGACCCAGUAGAAAAGGCUAUCGAUUCUUUAUUGCAGCAUUGUGUUCAGGAAUUGAAGGAACCUGAAUUGAAAAAUGCAAGAUCCGCUGCUUAUAUUUUAAGAGCGGCUGCUUCAGCUUCUGAUCCCGCUUGUACUUCCGUCACACACACAGCUUUACCGAUUAUUUACCAGCAAUACAAAUCAACUGACCCAUCUAUUCGACAAAAGGCCAUUCUAGAUAUUUUGACAGAACUCUUACUAGCAAGCAAACAAUUAUAUGGAUCUGUAGAAGAUGUCGGAUACGAUCGUGAUUUUCAGACGCCUUUACUCAUGUAUAAGCAACAAAUCAUCCAAAUAUUUAUCCUUUCACUUAAUGAAUCGGAUCCGGCAGAUCUCAUCCUAAGACAAACUAGUCUCAAGGGUAUCCAUGAAAUGGUUUUGAUGAAGCAAUUUUUGAAGGGAGAAGAAGUAAAUUUGGUCAUUAACCAUUUAACAAGUCAAUUAAUGGCAGAUGAUAAACAACUGGGACAGCAGGCUUUAACUACCCUUGGCGUUAUCACCAAAUUAUACCCCACACAACUUGCUCAACUCACUUUUCCUGUACUCUUGAAAGAAUUACCUUGUUCUGAAAACGCCAUGACGAUCUCAACAACAUAUCGCUAUGCAUUAGAUGCCAUCCAGCUUUUAGCUGUCACCCCAGCUGUAUUCAAGAUUGUCGUAAAUCCACUCUUGAAAAAAUUAGACUAUGCAUGUGGCACCAUCGGCAAGGAAAAUACAACCUAUGCACAUGACGUGGCAUCUACUAUACUUCAUAUCUAUAAGGAAGCUUCGACCAAAGAACCUGAGGUUUUGACGAUUGGGCAAAAGGUACUCUUACCCAGCUUGUUAUUAAAGUGUAUUCCAGCUGCCAUGGGUGUUCCUGGCUCCUGGUAUUUAGAUGAUAGCUUAAUAGAGACUUUUGCCAUGGUCGUUGCAAUCACAACGCGUUUAUCAUCACCAAGUGAUCAACAAUUGUCUGUUAAUGACGCGUUCAAGUUGUUUGUGGAUCGUGAGUUUUCCAACGUUCCUUUUUCUUUUGAUCAGCAAUAUAUUCAAAAUAAUACAUUGGGUAUCUUUGAUACAAACAAGACCAAUGAAUCGAUUGACAUUACAUUAUUAUUUACUGCCAUCGUAGGCAAUUGCUGUAAAGAUGUUAAAUUACCCUUGGGUAGUUUACCCGCGUUUUUAGAAAAUUUGAUCCAAACCGCGAUUAAGACAAGCUGUGACACAAGAAAGUUGGCUCUGUCGAAAAUCGCAGCUUCAAUUGUCAAUAAAUGGACCAAUGAUCAAGUGGUGAAUUGUGUAAAGAGUAUAUGUAUUGAUGGUUUGCUACCAAUAUUAGAAAAUGAAGGUGAUAUCCAUCAUAGAAGAUCCACAUUUACAACACUGGUUUGGAUCACAAAAUCACUCGUCAUUCGAGGCCAUCGAUAUGGGUUUGAGCUGCUGGACAGUAUCAUCAAGUUGUGUGGUUCCGCAGACGUCGGUAAAGACGCGGCAGCAAGUUUUGUCACGUUAUUACACCAAGACGACUUGAUUUUGUCCAAGCCAUCUCAUGCUACUGUAUCUAUCUUGUACAAACAAAGAGUGUUUACACAUUGCUUUAAAAAGCUAAUGGAGCAUUCAGAGUUUAACAAUAUUCUUUUGCCAGAUCUUCAAGUAAACUAUCUUUUGGCCCUAUCACACUUGUUGGAAAAUAUUCCUGUACAAGUGGCGACAAAUGAAAUCCACAAGUUGAUGUUGCCGAUCAUUGUUGGGCUAUCGUCACACGACAUAGACUUAAUAACAUCCAUGCUAAAGGUUGCACAAGACAUUGUACCUGACGCACAAAACACAGUGGUACAACAUCUAGGCUCCUUUAUUCAUGCGCUUUUAAGGCUGACAAGGCACCCGUCAGCAAAUGUGCGACUCCUUGCCUUGGAUUGUUUAAGUAGUUUAUCUACCAAGGGACAACGAGACACAUUAAGUCCAUUCCAGCCUUCAGUGGUAAAAGAACUCUCGGUUGCUUUAGACGAUAAGAAGCGUGUUGUGCGUAAAAGUGCGGUUGAUUGUAGAGAAAGAUGGUACGCGAUUGGAAAAUAAAAUAAGAAAAGUUUACCGGAUAGAACCAAUAUUUCGUGUUACACGUUACUAGUGUCUACCAUUGGCCUUGUAUCAAAUUAUGAAUCACCCGGAUAGACAUUAUAUAUAUAUAUCACAAAAAGGGAAUUAUUAAAAAAAAAAAAACAAUUUUGGAUUCGUAAUCUUUACUUUUCUUACAUUAACCG